AUGUCGGGCGCAACGUUGGUAGAGUCUCCCACCUCCCCGACCUUCCCCAAGCGACCCGUGCUGCAUGGUCAAAUCCGUCUCACCGGGGUUGACACGCCUCCCGCGUCCCCUCGGGACCCCCAUCUUGUACCCAAGUUUGACCGCACCAGCAGCUCCGACCCAAUACUCUUCCUCCCGCCGCUCCUCUCUUGCCUCCCCCCUCACCUCUCGGUGCACAAUGUCGGCCCUCAGUCGUCGUCAGCGCCAAAGACCCAUUUGCCGGACAUCGACCCUGCCUCGCUCUCCCUACACAAAGCCCUCCACAACUUCCACCCUAUAACGCCCAACUAUGCCAGCGCGCCCUACGCCGCUGCCUUCAAUUGGGGUGAACUCCGUCUGCCCGCUGAGGAAGAGCGCGAGUGGUACUGUGUCGUGUUCCGGAGCAAGCGCAAAGAUGGCAGCGACAGCGGACCGCUUUACGACGCCGACCAGAAGGCGCACGAGGAGGCUAUCCAGAAUGGCGGACUGAUCAUGUACUGGUACGGCAUUCCCGACGCAAAAACCGGCAUGAACCUCGCCACCUGCAUCUGGCAGUCGCGCAAACACGCCAUCGCAGCAAACUCGCGCCCCCACCACUUACGCGCGAUGAAGCUCGCCGCAGCAUCGUAUGAAGUCUACGACCUCGAACGGUACACGCUCCGCAAAGUCGCGGGGCAGACCGGCGUCACGGUCGAGCCCUUCUCCGGGCAAGAUGUGGGCUGGUGA